AGGAUGGCAUCAGUAUACACAACAAAGAGAGGAAAGACAAAGAAAGCAAAGUUGGGUCUGCGAAAGGAUGCCAAUAACAAUGCCGCCAACAAGUUGAACAAUAAGCUAAAGGCAACGACCAAGGCUACAGUGGCACCAGAGAUGCCCGCUUGGAUGAAGGAACAGCAACAGCAACAGUUAAAGUUGAAGAAUGCCGCCGAGCAAGAGGCUGCUCGUCUGGCCCUGACGUCCAAGUGCGGGAACCCCGUCUGCACUCAAGACAAAGACACAACCACAACGAAACAGCUCUCACUCUGUGGAGCAUGCACAUCAAUCUCCUACUGCUGUCGUCAAUGUCAACUGGAUCACUGGAGUGAACACAAAGCACCAUGUAAACAAAGGCAAUUGGAAAAGGCAGAGAAAGACAAGGCUGUUCUCGAAGCAAUCAGUAACUAUCCCCUUCUCGAGGACUCAGCAAUAUCAAAUACACCAACAACAGCAACAACAACAAGUACUACUACAACUACAUCGACAUCGACAUCGACAUCGAAAUCUUCAAAGACAACAACUAAAUCAGCAGACUCUGACUUGGACAAGUUUAAGGAAAUGAUUAUUGGACCUUCAAAGCCAGCUCCACAUAACAAGUCAAAGGCUGCCGCGACGGCAGCACCUGUAAAUUGGAGUUUGUUUAGCAAGGAAGAGGAAGAGGAUAUCCCCGACGACUUGGAGGACGAG